AUGAAAACGUCCCACCAUCCAAAAGCGUCCGAUUUCGUUGACUACGCCGUUGCCGGGGGCGGGGGAUCCGGGUUCUGUCCGGGAUUAGGAGCGGGUCUAUCAGCCAGGGCGACGUCCUUUUACGGCGAUCUAACGGUAACGGCAACUGCGGACGGGACGCGUCACCAGCAGCAGCAACAACAGCAGCAACACCCGCUGAGGCAACCUGCAACAUCGUCGUCAGCAGCAACAUCAUCGUCAUCAUCAUUAACAGCAGCAGCAAACAGCAAGCGAAAACGUCAGACAGAUUGUGAUUGCGGCUGCGUGGACUCAUACAAUUCCAGCCACGGCCCGCCAGUGCAGCAGGAGUCGUCAGCAGCAGCAGGAGGAUCUGGAGGAUCGGGAGGAGCAGGAGGAGCGGGAUCGGGAUCAGUUGGAAGCAACAGCCUCAAGACGGCGCACACAAAGGUCGCCACCUCGGGGGGUCAUGCCAAUACGCAGCCCCCCAGCAAAAGGUCGAGCAGCGGAGCGGAUGGCGACUACCAGCUGGUGCAGCACGAGGUGCUCUAUUCCCUGUCAGCGGAGUAUGAGGUGCUGGAGUUCCUGGGCCGCGGCACCUUUGGCCAGGUGGUCAAGUGCUGGAAGCGCGGAACCUCCGAGAUCGUGGCCAUCAAGAUCCUGAAAAACCAUCCCUCGUACGCCCGGCAAGGCCAGAUCGAGGUCUCCAUUCUCUCGCGUCUCAGCCAGGAGAAUGCCGACGAGUUCAACUUUGUGCGGGCCUUCGAGUGCUUUCAGCACAAGAACCACACCUGCCUGGUCUUUGAGAUGCUGGAGCAGAACCUCUACGAUUUCCUCAAGCAGAACAAGUUCUCGCCGCUGCCCCUCAAGUACAUAAGGCCCAUUCUGGAGCAGGUAUUGACUGCCCUGUUGAAGCUGAAGCAACUGGGUCUGAUCCAUGCCGACCUGAAGCCCGAGAACAUAAUGCUGGUGGACCCAGUGCGUCAGCCGUACCGCGUCAAGGUGAUCGACUUUGGCAGCGCCUCGCACGUGAGCAAAACUGUGUGCAACACGUACCUGCAGUCGCGGUACUAUCGUGCCCCUGAGAUCAUCCUUGGCCUGCCCUUCUGCGAGGCCAUCGACAUGUGGUCCCUGGGCUGCGUGGUGGCGGAGCUCUUCUUGGGAUGGCCCUUGUAUCCGGGAAGCUCGGAGUUCGAUCAGAUUCGCUACAUCUCGCAGACGCAGGGACUGCCCACGGAGCACAUGCUGAACAGCGCCUCGAAGACCUCCAAGUUCUUCUACCGCGACGUGGACUCCACGUAUCCCUUUUGGCGGCUGAAGACCACCGAGGAGCACGAGGCGGAGACGAAUACGAAGAGCAAGGAGGCGCGCAAGUACAUCUUUAAUUGCCUCGAUGACAUUGGGCAGGUGAAUGUGCCCACGGAUCUGGAGGGAGGUCAGUUGCUGGCGGAGAAGACGGACAGGCGGGAGUUUAUAGAUCUGCUCAAGCGCAUGCUGACCAUCGAUCAGGAGCGACGACUCACGCCUGCAGAGGCAUUGAAUCAUUCGUUUACGCGUUUGACCCACCUGGUGGAUUAUGUGUACUGCAAUAAUGUGAAGGCCUCCGUGCAGAUGAUGGAGGUGUGUCGCCGAGGGGAUUUCCAUACAGUUCAACCCGCCUCCACGCUGGUGACCAACUUCGUGCCCUCGAGCACCGAGAACAUGACGUUCACGAUCAACAACCAGCUGACCAGCCAGGUGCAGCGUCUGGUGCGCGACGGUCGCCCGCUGGCCUACGAGGGCCUCUACCAGAUCUACAACGGACGCAGUGUGGCCAGGCAGUAUCCGCAGGCGCGCACGGAUAGCUUCCAGCACCAGCUGGUCUCGAACAUCCUGUGCCCGCCCUCCUACCAAACGAUGCCCAGUCCCACCAAGCAUGUGGUGGUGGGCAGUGCCACCAUGCAGCCACCGCUCCAAGUGCCACCGCAGCAGUACGUCAAUGUACCGGUGCCCGUUUCCAUGGUGGAGCCCACCUCCGGGCAGCGGAUGCUUCUCACGAAUCGGGUGCAGGCCAGCGGAGUGGCCUGGCCGCAGACUGGGAGACAAAUGGCCCUGGUGCCCUCGUGGCCACAGCAGGCGCCUGCCCACUCGCUCAUCGUCGACUCGACGCCGCUCUUCAACGUGGAGGAGAUCUACCCCAAGCACCACCUCAACUUGCCACGCAACGAUCUCAAGAAGGAGUCGCCGGCUCAUCAUAUAGCCAAGGGCAACUCUUAUCGCGUGCCGCGCCACGAGAAGAAGGAGCACCAGCAGCUGUCGCCGGUGAAGAAGCGGGUGAAGGAGAGCUCGCCGCCCCACCAGCAGCGGUAUCAGCGCACCGCUCACGUGUCGCCGCAGUACCACGCGCACCACAACUGCAACUACGGACAGGGCGGUGGCUACAGCGCCAGUGCGGGAUCGGUGGUGGCCUCCUCGGCUGCCUCCGCUAGCAACAUUGUGAACGGAAGCUCAUCCAGCUCGUCGCACCAUCACCAUGUGCCCGUCGCCCAUGCGCAGCCCUACAGCUCCUCCUCGGGUCACCACAUUGUGAGCAACUGCAACGCAAAUGGAGGAGGCAGUGGUGGGGCGGUGGUCUAUCAGCAGCCACCGGCCCAUGCCCACCAGCAUCAGCAGGUGCAUCCCGGCCAGAAUCCGCAGCAUUCGCAGCACGUGAAGCAGCCGACGAUCACCAUCCACGACACGCCCUCGCCCACGGCUGUGAUUACGAUCUCCGACAGCGAGGACGAGGGCGGUGAGGCUGGAGGCGGCGUAGGAGGAGCCCAGGUGCCGGUGGUGAAGCAGCGGGCGCAUGCCCAGUCGCAGACGAGCAGCAGCCUGCUGCAGCAUGCACCCAGCUCCUCCUGCUCCAGGAACAGUGCCCACCAGCAGCCGCAUCCUCAGCAGCAACAGCAGCAGAUUAAUUAUGGUGACCACCACGAUCCGGAGGAUGCCCGUCGUCGUCAUCAUGCCGCCGCCGCAGCCGCCGUGGGAAGUCCCAAGCAUCAUCAUCAUCAGCAGCAGUCUGCUCCUCCGCCGCAGCAACAGCAGCAGCCGCAACAGCAGCAGUACCAACCACCUCCGCAGCAGGUGCUCCCACCACAGCCGCAGCCGAGCAUCAAGUAUGAGCCUGGCCAGUCGCAAAAGAAGCGCAUUUUAGCCAUGGCUCAGAGCGAGUGUGGCUACCAGCCGCAGGUUCCCAGCCAGCCGUCGUCCUCGGCCAGCUUGCCGCACAUUCCCACCAAGCAGGAGCCGGCCGAGUUCUAUCCGGAGUACGCAGCUGCUCCGCCCCAGCAGUUGGACACGAAGCGCUCCUCCUGGGCACCCACAUCCUCGGGAGGAGGAGUAGCCGCCGCCUGCCCUCUGGCCCAGCCAAAGCGCGAGGCUCCCUCGGUGGCGCCCAUCAGCUAUGUGGCUCCUCCCUUGGCCCACUCAAAGAGCAGCUCCACCUCCUCUUCCUCGUCGACCAGUGCGGCGGCAGCAGCAGCGGCUGCAGCAGCUGCAGCGGCGGCGGCCAGCGUGGGUCCUCCGUCGUGGGGACCGCCGCAGGUCUAUCGUCAGCCCUCCCAACCGCCGCCGGGCAGUGUGGGUCUGCCGGGAGCCUCACAGCCGCCGCCGUCGUCGGUGGCGCCGCAUCCACACCACCACAGUCAUGGGCAUCAUCAUCACCAGGCCGGAACACCGCUGGGCGGAUCGCCAUCCUCGACGGCAGCGGCUGCCUUGUUGCAGCCGGAUAUUUAUGCGCAGGGCGACAUUUACCGCAGGCCCACGGUGUUUGUGUCGCAGGCGGCGCCCAGCUAUGCGUACGCCAAUCGGGCUGUGGUGGCCCCUCCACCCGCACACAACAGCUCCAGUCGACAGGUGAUACCUUCACACCCGCUGCCGGCUCACAUCCAGAUACCCACCCAGUACAGCCAGUUUGGACCCCUCAGUCCUGCCCAGGUAGCCGCCAGCAAACACGCGGCGCACUUUGCGCCCACCAACAUAUGGUAUGGGGCCGAGUAGGCCGACGAAGAAGGGAGUUGGCGGGGAAAGGGGCAAUGAGGAGCAGGGAGAGACGCGGGACGAGGAACAAGCAACCAAACCACACACCGCACACCAUCACCA